AUGUGUGAGUUCGAAGGCCAGCUCUACAAUCUGAACGCAAGCAUCGGGUGCCUUCUCUGUACCACAGUCGGCGUCACGUACGGUGACACAGUCGUCGGAGACGUUUUCCUCACCAAGAUCCAAACAGCCAACGGGUCUCUGGCGAACCAGCGGGGUCUCUGCCGGGCAGAAGGCGGCGAGCCUCUCGUCAUCAAGACCAAGCAAGUCAGAGACCAGGCAGUGCAACUCGUCAAGGAUAACGGCACAUUAAAUUUGAGUAAAGAAAAGUUUGCCUGGCUGAGCGCCUCCUGCAACGACUCCAAGCCCUACCAGAACUUCGUCUGGCCUGACGGCACCGACAUCCACAACUGCGCCUCGCAUGCAACAGAUGUACAGGACUACUACUUCUCUGAUGGACCAGCAACAAUGCUCGUGGGAAACAACGUGAUCCAGCGUUCUGCAGUUCAAAGAACGAUUGGGUACCCGGUGUUGUGUUCUAAGUAUUAGGUUAGAUCAUGAACAUCUAGUAGUUAUUCUACUUUUGGUUCCUUUUUCAGUAACUUAGUCUUUGAAGGGUUUACACCGACAAAUUAUUAGAAUGCAUCUUAAACUACAGUCAGUUAUCCUCCAGUGUUAGCUCUACAAUCUUCAUACAAGUUCCAACCUUGCUGACCAGCUCGAAUGACCCUAACCGUAAAACUUCAAAGUAACAUUACCAAAAUCGCUUGGUUACAUAGACCACUCAGUGAUAUGGUUAAAUUAGAGAUCAUACUCCAGAGGCUACUUGAACUACCCAGCGUUUGCUCCCAGCAGUAAUUAUCAAUCACAUGCACGCAAAAGCAUCCUAUUAUGUACUAAAUAAUCCUACAAAUUCAUAUCAAUUUUACGAAGUAUCUAUGCAGGUCUGAGGCUGUCAGAAUAUCUGAGGUUUUAUUGUUAGGGUUUACAAUGCACAUUCUCGCCUACUUAAUUAUGGCAAAAAAACUUUCCGGCCGCACUGUA